AUGGCUGCAGUUAUUCUGAGUUUUCCAACACUGCACGGGCUGAGGAUAUUCACACAAAAACUGUCAUGGACCAGAAGAGUGAGGCAUGUGUCAGGUGGGGUGGCAAGGAUCGAAAAAGUCCUGAUCGCCAACCGUGGGGAGAUUGCGUGUCGUGUGAUGCGCACGGCGAGGAAGAUGGGCGUGCGUUCUGUGGCGGUGUACAGCGACGCAGACAGACACUCCAUGCAUGUGGCCAUGGCAGAUGAGGCCUUCCACAUCGGGCCGCCUCCUUCCCAGCAGAGUUACCUCUCAAUGGAGAAGGUUUUAGAAGUGGCCAAGAGGUCAGGAUCACAUGCGGUCCAUCCUGGUUAUGGGUUUCUGUCAGAAAACACGGAGUUYGCAGAAGCUUGUAAACAUGAAGGGAUCAUCUUCGUCGGGCCUCCUUCCUCGGCCAUCCGAGACAUGGGCAUCAAGAGCACAUCCAAACACAUCAUGUCAGCCGCUGGGGUGCCGAUCAUAGGCGGUUACCAYGGCGAGGACCAAUCAAACGAGAGGCUAAAGGCAGAGGCUGCAAAGAUCGGUUAUCCUGUGAUGAUCAAGGCGGUCCGUGGAGGAGGAGGAAAGGGAAUGCGUAUCGCCCGGUCAGACUCGGACUUCGCAGAGCAGCUGGAGUCGGCGAGACGCGAAGCCAGGAAGUCCUUCAACGAUGACGUCAUGCUGAUUGAGAAGUUUGUAGAAGAUCCCAGACACGUGGAGGUUCAGGUGUUUGGGGACACGCAUGGUAACGCUGUCUACCUGUUUGAGAGGGAUUGCAGCGUCCAGCGGAGACAUCAGAAGAUCAUAGAGGAGGCUCCAGGGCAGGCGAGCCUCUGCCCCUCCUCCAGGAUGCCAUAACCCUGAAGGGCCACUCUUUUGAGGCUCGUAUCUACGCUGAGGACCCAAACAAUGACUUCCUUCCAGAGGCGGGGCCUCUGCUGCACCUGUCCACGCCUGCAGCUGACCAGCACACACGCAUAGAGACUGGAGUCAGAGAGGSGGAUGAGGUUUCAGCCCACUACGAUCCAAUGAUCGCUAAGCUGGUGGUGUGGGGGGAGGACCGAUCUGCUGCCUUAAAGAAACUGCGCUAUUGUUUACGGCAGUAUAACAUCGUGGGUCUCAGCACCAACAUCGACUUCCUGCUGAGCCUCUCGAGCCACCCGCAGUUCGAAGCUGGAAAYGUGAGCACCAGUUUCAUCCCGCAGCACUACGCCGACCUCUUCCCCGCUCCGCGAGCGCCGUGUGGGGCCACCAUCUGCCAGGCCGCCCUGGGCCUGGUGCUGCAGGAGAGGAAACACACGCAGGAGUUCACGCAGACCUCCACAGAUCCUUUCACUCCGUUUGGUUCCUGCAGUGGGUGGAGGAAUAACAUCAGGUUUAACAGAAAUAUGACGUUACAGCUGGGAGACAAGAAAGUCGACAUCGUCGUCACAUAUGACUCAGAUGGAACCUACAGGAUGCAGGUUGGUGAGCAGGUGUACCACGUCACGGGGCAGGUGGAGGUGGAAGGCGGAGCCACCUUCUUACACUGUUCAGUAAACGGAGUGAAGUCUCGUCCCAAACUGGUGAUCCUGGACGACACGGUGCACCUGUUCUCCUUGGAGGGGAGCCACCAGGUGUCCGUCCCAGUGCCAAAGUAUCUGGCCGGUGUGAGCGGGUCAGGAGCUCAGGGGGGAGCCGUGGCCCCCAUGACUGGGACCAUUGAGAAG